AUGAUUCCAAUUCGACGGUUGGGGUCUGCUUUGAGCAGUAUUAUUUCAUCGCAGAUCAGAACAGUUACGACAACUCCCGAGAGCCCGAUUAAAGAGUUACAAACUGAAGCUGAGACUGAUCCUUUGGCAGCGACAGAACAGGAAGAGACGGGAGAGGAGGGAACAAAGAAGCUGAGAUUGCCAUACAGCCAGUACUCCUUGAAAUCUCUGAAGUAAGUAAUGGUGUUCAUGCUUUACGUGUUGUUUUUAGAUUGGACGAAUAUCCUUUUUAUGUGGAACGAGAAUGGUGGAAACAUGGAAAACGGAUGACAUUCUGGGCCGAAUGGAGACAGAAGAAGGACGUGAUCAGAAGAGAAACACUCGCUGAAUAUGGUCCAGAAAGAAUGAGGCUGAAGGCCCUCAAGUACAACUCCAUCUUGCCUCAGGCGUUAAGGGAUGAAUGUGCAGAGCGGUUGACGAAUGGGGUCCCCAGAUACUCCCACCCUUCUCUUAUCUUGAAUAUGUGUCAAUUUACAGGACGCAGAAGAGGAAAGAUCAAGCCGUUCAGAGUAAAUCGACACAUCUUCAGACGUCUGGCCGACCAUUCCCAGCUCUCGGGUGUCCAGAGAGGAAUGUGGUGA